ACUCAACACCAGCCAUUACAAGUACUGGAUUUAAUUGGUCAGCCCUCAGAAUGAGUUUGCUGAGCUGUAUCAUCAUUCAGAUACUCUGGGCUUUCUCUUCUAAGGGACAAGCUCCAGCAUGUGAAGAGCCGCCUGCUAUUGAUUUUGGGGGGAUUGUUAGUGAUGACAAAUUGGAGUAUAGGGAAGGUGACAAAGUGCAAUACAAGUGCAAUCCUGCAUACAGCCUGAUGGGAACUGAAUGGAUCACAUGCAGUGGAAAAACCUGGACACCUGCACCACAGUGUUUGGCACCGUGUAGUCUUACAAAACAGCAACUGGAGACCAAAAAUCUGCUUCUGUCCAAUAGGCGAAGACAUGCACAAUUGAUUCAGAGUGAGCACACACUGGAAUUUAUGUGCAGUGAAGGAUAUAUCCUCACAAUCCCUUCAGUCAGAAAGUGUGUUAAUGGGCACAUGGACUUGCCUUCAUGUAUCUCUGGUAAAUCUGCAUUAUAUUUUGAUAAUUCAGAAUGA